AUGCAAGACGAUACGGACAAUAUGAAUUAUGUAGAUUAUACACCACGACGUAUGAUGACUCACUCUUCUCGCUUGACCCUUCCUUCCACACCCAAUUCACUCACACUGGCUAAAUACAGACGUUCUUAUUUCUACCAACAACUCGCACGACAAGACGUCCAUCCUAUACCCGACAAUUUGGAUUUCAUGGAUUCACCUGCUGUCAGAAGACACUUUGGUAUCAGUGAAAAAGUAGCUGUGCUUGAUGAUCGACAAGUAUCGCAACAGCCUUUAAAAAAUUGCUCGGAUUGGCAUAUCCAUGAUUUUGACGUAGGGGAGAAUUUAGGCAAAGGCAAAUUUGGAAGUGUCUAUAAAGCAAAGGAAUUGAGAACAGGACAGAUUGUGGCAUUAAAGAUAUUGAAAAAGAAAGAAUUGGAACAGUACCGCGUUGAACCCUUUAUUAAGCGUGAAAUUGAGAUUCAAGGACACUUAAAUCACCCUAAUAUCACUCGUCUCUAUGGAUAUUUCCAUGAUAAAGAACAAAUCUACCUUGUAUUGGAAUAUGCAGGUGAUAGUGAUCUUUAUACCUGUUUAGAAUCACACAAACGAUUUACAGAGACAGAAACAGCCAAUUAUAUUCUAGAGAUUGCAGAAGCAUUAGCGUAUAUGCAUCAAUUGGGUGUCUUUCAUCGAGAUAUCAAGUUAGAGAACAUCUUGAUCAGCAAGGAUGGUGCCUUAAAAAUAGCAGAUUUUGGAUGGGCAGUCUAUGACCCAAAGCCAAGGCGAAAUACAUUUUGUGGUACAUUGGAUUAUUUACCUCCCGAAAUGAUACAACGCCAAACGCAUGGUGCAUCUGUGGAUAUUUGGGCACUGGGCGUAUUAUGUUAUGAAUUACUUGUAGGCAAAGCUCCUUUUGAAGACCCUUUAGAUCCUGCCCGAGAAGAUCAUCAAGCUACUUAUCAACGUAUCUUGAAAGCACACGUCACAUUCCCUUCUGAUCUGAGUGAUGGAGCCAAACAUUUUGUACUUGGGGUAAAAAAGUACACUUCUAGUAUUCUAUGUGACUGA